AUGUUUACCCUGAUGCAGCAGACUGUCGACUCGGUGGUGGGAUGUGACUAUAGCUGGCGCCAAGUCCGCUUGUCCGACGUUGUCGAAGAGGUGGUCCACACCACAGCGUUGAGCAUGCUCUUAGGAUCGAAAUUGGGCCAUGACAACGGUUUUGGUAUAGCGCUGAAACGGUUCUCCAUCUCAUUUGGAGUGGCUGCUGUAGUCAUCGGGCUAACACCGGGGCCACUCAAGCAAAUCGUUGCUUGGCCUGCAAGGACGAUCGUCGACUUCUUCCGUCGCCGAGCAUAUAAUUAUCUUACCCCAUUGAUCCACGAGCGUUUCAAGGUCGAGGAGCGCAGAAGAGGGGAUCCCGAUCUUGAUUCUCGUGGUCCCCAGGAUUUCAUCACCUCUGUGGUUCGUGCCAUAUUGGAUGAUGAAAAGGGGACCAUGGAACACAUCAGAGAGAUAGAGACACUAUUUACUAUCAUUAUCAUGACUCUCGUAACGACGACCAGUUUGACUUUAACGAACACUUUGCUAGACCUUCUGAGCUCCGACCCUUCGCUGGAGUACUACCAAGCGCUUCGAAAGGAAGCUGAUUCUGCCUUUACCUCACUAGAUUGGUCAAAUGUGGCAAGCCCACCCAAGCUUGAUUGUAUCGAUAGCGCUAUACGCGAAUCGUUGAGGUUGCACCCUACCCACACACGCGGUCUCUUUCGAACCGUUGUUGCUGAAGAAGGUCUUGCCUUACCCGAUAAGCACCACAUUCCUCAGGGGUGUAUGAUGAGUAUUCCAGUCUACUGGAUUCACAGGGAUGAGAGGUUCUAUAAAGAUCCCAACACUUACAUACCCUUCCGGUUUCUCUUAACAGACGCUUCAGAUCAGCGCAAGCCCCGUGGGCUAGUGGAUACAAGCGACACAUUCCUAUCCUUCUCCCACGGAGUAUAUUCCUGUGAUGGCCGCUUCUUCGCAGCUCAGCUUAUGAAAAUGUUCCUCGCCUACAUUACCAUGCACUACGAUGUCAAACCUUUGGACACGCGUCCCCCAAACGUCUUGUUGUCGGACUUCUGCAUCCCACCUAGAUCCGUCAAGCUAUGGAUUAGAAGGAGGAAUCCCGAGACAGAUUUGGACUUGAGACCCUAA